AUGGACAGGGCACAAUUGAUAUUGUUGGGACUACCGAUAUUCUUAUUUUGCUCGGAUCUCUUCAACCUUUUCACUCCUCCGCCUCCGAAACCCCAGCAACAACGUCCUCAUCAGCCACCGCACAUCCCUCUCCAGCAGCGUCCGGCUGGUUACGUUCCCGAAACCCUAAAUUUCCCUUCGCAGAAGCCAAACGGGUUAGGAUCAAUUGGAUAUGGAAAUACCGUGGAGAUCAACUUCUGCGUCUCCUGUUCUUUCAAGGGAACUGCAGUGACAAUGAAGAAGAUGUUAGAGACGGCUUUUCCCGGUUUAGAUGUGGUUCUCGCAAAUUACCCACCACCAGCACCUAAGCGCCUUCUAGCUAAGGUUGUCCCGGUUGCUCAGAUGGGAGUUGUGGGUAUGAUAGUUGCAGGUGAUCGUAUUUUACCCAUGAUCGGAAUUGCGCAGCCACCUGCUUGGUUAAAUUCCUUGAGAGCCAACAGAUUUGGGUCCAUGGCGUCCACUUGGCUUCUCGGAAACUUUCUGCAGUCUUACCUUCAAAGCUCUGGCGCUUUUGAAGUUUACUGCAAUGGGGAACAGGUGUUCUCUAAGUUGAAAGAAGGAAGAUUCCCGGGAGAGAUCGAGCUGAGAGAUGUCAUCAGUAAAACUUUGACAAGACCGAGCAUCAUUGCAGGUAGCUACUGA